AUGAGCUCAGUUUGCAUAUCAAACUGUGUGGAUGACACCAGAGUUCCAGUGAGAGCCACUUAUGUCAACCUCUACAAGUGGCCCGAAUCCGACGCAGAGUUUGUCAAGACGGUGAAAACGAGCAGGGGUGAUCAAGGGCGGCGACACCCUCAUCUGCCUCAUCCCAGGGUGGUGGACAGUGUGUCAUGCAGACAAAUGUACCUUAGAAGCUACACAUUUUCUAGAAAAGAGAGUGUGCCAGAGAUGACUAAGAAAUGUUUUGCAAAAGUGAGAGAUAGAGUAGCAGUUGGAGGGAGUGGAUCGGAGAAAGCAUCAAAAGGUGGCCGUGGAGCUUAUAUCUUAGACUUCUGCACUGAAUUUCCACAAUAA